AUGUCGCACCGAGAUCGCCACGAAGGUAUAAGUUGUGAUUCCUGUGGGAAGAGCAAUUUUCGAGGCAGACGCUACAAAUGCCUUCUGUGUUAUGAUUAUGAUUUAUGCUCAGCUUGCUAUAACUUUGGUGCUGUAUCGGGUCGUCAUACUACUGAUCAUGCAAUGCAGUGUUUAAUCACUAGAGCUGACUAUGAUACUUAUUUUGGUGGUGAAGCCAUUCCAGUCGAUAUGCCCCAAUCGUAUACAUGCCCUCUGUGCAAUAGCUGUGGCUUUACUCAAGCCCUAUUAGAAGAACAUGUAACUUCAGAACAUGCUGGUUGUGGAAGUGGAGAAGUAAUAUGUCCAAUAUGCGCGUCAACGCCAUCAACUGAUGCUGAAAUAAUAAGUGAAGACUUAGCUACACACUUGAUACAACAUUCACGGACAUCUCGCUCCGACUUAAUAUCCACAUCAUUAUUGAUUACAUAG